GCGAGCCUGUUGUGCUGGCCGGCCAGGCAAAGUCAAGUAACCCGGGGGAGGGUCGCCAGUCGGAGCUGCGUGAGAGAGACGAAGUGGGGCGAGCUCCCAUUUGAGUUACAAUGCGUCUUUCACACGCCGCCCCAAUUGUGAGACAACUUCCCCGGACGCUCCUUCGACGCCGUGCGAGCUCCUCCUGAGCACCGGGAAGCGAAGCUAUCUGCUGGGCGGCCAGGCGGGCGUUUGCCAGCGGGCAUGAAGAAGCCGAGCGCCCCGCUCCUUGCUGGCGCGGUGACCGGGAAAUGGUAGCGUUCUGCGGGCGCCGCAACUGGGCGAGAACAUGGUCGAGAGGAGCAGCAAAUUCUUGUUGAUCGUGGUCGGAUCUGUGUGUUUCAUGCUGAUUCUCUAUCAGUACGUGGCGCCCGGGGUCAUCAAUUUCGGAUCCCCGCACGGCUACUUCUCGGAGGAGGACGAGGGGGACAUCUUCCCCACUCCGGACCCCCACUACGUCAAGAAGUACUUCUUCCCGGUGAGAGACCUGGAGAGGACCAUCGAUUUCCAAAUCAAAGGGGAGGACGUGAUCGUGUUCCUGCACAUCCAGAAGACCGGCGGGACUACCUUCGGUCGGCACCUGGUGCAGAAUGUCCGCCUGGAGGUCCCCUGCGACUGCAGACCGGGCCAGAAGAAGUGUACCUGCUACCGACCCAACCGCAAGGAGACGUGGCUCUUCUCCCGGUUCUCCACCGGCUGGAGCUGCGGCUUGCACGCCGACUGGACCGAGCUCACCAAUUGUGUGCCGGGGGUCCUCAACAAGAAGGAGAGUAAGCAGAAGAAUCUAAGGAAGUUCUACUACAUCACGCUGCUAAGAGACCCGGUGUCCCGGUACCUCAGCGAGUGGCGGCAUGUCCAGCGCGGCGCCACGUGGAAGACGUCGCUGCACAUGUGCGACGGACGCACGCCCACGCCCGAGGAGCUGCCCUCCUGCUACGAGGGCUCCGACUGGUCGGGAUGCACCCUGCAGCAGUUCAUGGAGUGUCCCUACAACCUGGCCAACAAUAGACAGGUGCGCAUGUUGGCCGACCUGAGUCUGGUGGGCUGCUACAACAUGUCCACCGUCCCCGAGAAGAAGCGGGCCCAGCUCCUCCUGGAGUCGGCUAAGAAGAACCUGCGAGACAUGGCCUUCUUCGGCCUGACCGAGUACCAGAGGAAAACCCAGUUCCUGUUCGAGCGCACCUUCCGCUUGCGCUUCAUCAGGCCCUUCAUGCAGUACAACAGCACCCGGGCCGCGGGGGUGGACCUGGACAACGCUACGGUCCAGCGCAUCGAGGAGCUGAACGAGCUGGACAUGGAGCUGUACGACUACGCCCGCGACCUCUUCCAGCAGCGCUACCAGUACACGCGGCAGCAGGAGCGGCGGCUGCAGCGCAUGAAGAACCACAUGCAGCAGAGCCACCAGGGCCUGGGCCUCAGCCUGUGGCCCUCGCGCGGCCGCCAGACCGCCGGCCCCUUGUCUGACAACGGCGAGGAGGAGGAGGAGGCGGCGGCGGCGGCGGCGGGAGGCAGGACGGAGGAGACGGGCGGCGGCGUGAGCAGUCGACUCCCCACUGAGGACUACAUGAACCAGAUCAUCAACCGCUGGUAGCGGCGGAACUUCGCUGACAAAGCCCGCCAAAAAAAAAAAAGACUAUUUUGCAUUUAAAGUGUCGCCGAAAAGACCCCUCCCUCGGUCUUUAACUGUUGCCAUGACAACCAGGGCUCGCCCAUAUUUCCGCCCCCCCUGCUGGGUCCCUCUCUGUCUCCUGUCUUCAUUAGAGGGUUAUUUUUAUGCCGACGUUCUCCUUUCUUCUCCUCGGGCGAAGGAUCGGUCUACUUCCUGGACACUUUGAAGAGGAUUUAGCUUUUCCUGUCUUUAUGCUUUUUUUUAAAAGCAGAAUUGUAAAAAAAAAAAAAAAAAAACCCUGAGACCAACAUUGCUGCCUGAAGAUUCCUCCACUUCUUCACUUCCCCCCCCCCCCCCCCCCCCCGCCCCUGUUAAAACAUUGGUGUAUAUCGGACCAUAGCCAUUACUGAAGCCUUGGUGGGUGCAGCCCCCCCCCCCCCACCCUCCAGAGCGCCUGUUGCUCCACAGCCAUUCGCUUCUUCCCUUCACACCUGGCAGACUUUGACAGCCAAUUACCGGAUCUCACACAGGUUCGGUGCCGAGGCGUCGAAAGUCAGGCGGAGUACGCUCGGAGCGAGCCGACAAACGCUGGGUAAGAAGCGGUCACCAUGGCAAUAACAGACCCUUAAUUUAGCAGGUGGCAUUUACACGUCGUCCUCCUUCGAGAGGGGAACAAAAAACAACAAAAAAAAAGCUGUCAUACGAGAGUUUGGCCGCCGUUUGACAGCUUCGGACGAGGUCUUUAGGGUUUCUCCAAACUUUUGUCAUCUCAAAAUCCAAAUUUAGGGGCUAAAAUGACGGGAAAAUGUGCUUAAAGAAGAGCUCCUUAAAAUAUACUCACAUGUUGACCCCAAUGACAAAAAUGUCCGCUUUUUUAUCAUAUUUUAUAUAUAAUUUUUAUUUUUACUUAUUUCAACCCAUUAAUAUGACAUAACUCAGUUUUCCACAACAAGGAUUAUUAUUAUUUGUACUAUUGUAACCUAUUUUUAUGGGCUUGCCUCUUUGUGAUGUUAAGUUCUUGUUAUAAGCUGUUAUAACACAAUUAUUUUGACUCGGGGGGGGCAAAUUUUGAGGAAAAAAAGGUGUCUGGGGGCCGGUAUACAUCUGAUUUUUAGGAACACUAAUACAAAACCUCACAAUAAUGUCUGAUUGAAUGCUAAAAACAUUAUGACAGACCGCCUUAAAAAACGGAAUGGAAUUUUAAAUUUUUCUAUGAACGAUAAAACACUGAAUAUUGACAAAUAGUCACGGACCGCUACCGGUCCGUGGACCGAUUGGUAUAUAAAAGUUAUUUCACAUACCAAUCGGUCCACGGAUGGUCCCCAACCUUUUUGUAGCUGCGGACCGGUCAACGCUUGAAAAUUUGUCCCACGGACC